UGUUUUUUCUUCGAAUUCGUCACUGUUAGAUAAGUCAAUCAAUGCUAAACGAUAAGAUAACUAGAACAGAAAUUGGUAUUUUUGUUUCAUUUUUGUUUCGUUAGAAAAUUUAUCAUCUUGGGACUUUCAAUAGACUUUUGAGACAAAGGUGCAUUUAUCCUGCUCCAAAUUCUGGUGAAAACAAAGAAUGGACAAACGUAUAAAUAUUAGUCUGGAACGAGAGACGAACCACUGACUUAGAAGCUCUCCGAGUGAUACGCAGCGAAUUCAGACCGGCUCCUCCGAAGUAUUUCCCCGUCGAUAUCCUGACAUCACCCGAUAAACCAUCACCAUGAAGCUCCUUCUUCUACUGGCGGCGGCAGUUGCCCUAGCGAAUGGCGCAGCAGAUCGUGAAACUACCAGUGUGCUGCAGUUUGGCAAUAUGAUUCUCUGCCUGGUGGAUCUGGGUCUCUGGUCUGGGCUGGACUACAACGGUUAUGGCUGUUACUGUGGCUACGGAGGCUCAGGCAAAGCGCUGGAUGCUACCGACCAAUGCUGUGUAGAACACGAUAACUGCUACGGUAGAGCUCCAACGGAGGGCGGAUGCAAUACCUUGGAUACCUACUUAAUCGACUACGACUACGAAAAAACCACUGACGCUAAUGGCAACUGUGCCAUCAAAUGCAAGGCAGAGGCCGACUACGGGUUUUUCUCCAUCAAUUCCCAAUGCAAAGCCUUCAUGUGUGAAUGUGAUCGCAAGGGGGCGCAAUGCUUCGCAGACAAGCGGGGCUCGUUUAACCGCGACUAUGUCAACUAUGACAAGAGCAGCUGUUAAAUGUUGAGUAUGUAGGCCUACUCCUGAGGUUGGUCCAAAAACAGAGCGAGUUCAAAUCCAGUGAUACCCUUUUAAGGGAUUAAUUCCUCAGCAAUAAUUUAUUAUUGGUAGUGUGUUGGCAACCUCCUCGGUUCUUUCUGUGGCCUCUCUGGAAUCUCCCAUAAAUUUGCACUAAGUUUAGUCGGGCACAAUUUGCAGUCAUCAGCCGACAUUUGAAGCAAAACAAAAAACAGG